GGAAGCGGCGCGGCGGAAGCGGGUCCCGGCUGGCGGGGGUCGGCAGGUGAUACUGUGCGGCGCAGAGCCAUCUUACCCGGCCGGGGAGAGGAGUCCGGCCGCUGCCUGCGCCAGGAGAGGAGUCGGGACCGGGCUGCGGGGGAGCCUUCGCGGGGAGCUGGGGCCAUGGAGCGCUAGAGACCGGCACCCCGGAGCCGCGCGGUCCCAGCCCCGGGAGGCGGCGGCGGCAGCAGCUCCGCGUCCGUCAGCCGCUGGAGCGGCGCCCCCGCACUUGCCCGCCGGCCCCAUGGAGCAGGAAACGCUGCCAGCGCUCUGGUAGCCACCCCCGGGACACAGAUUCCUAUUCCCCCUCGGGGCACCGAUCCGGGGCAUCGCUCCUCCUAUCCAACAUCUCCUGGGCAGCCCCCUCCCCGGGAACUGACCCCUGGGGCCACCGCGCCCCCCACCUCCUGGGCACUGACCACGGCUAUCACUGCUUUCCUUCCUCCACCCCAGGGACCGACCCCAAGCGACACGGCUCCUUUCCUUCCCCGGACACCGAGUCCUGGGACACUGACCCGGGCACCGCUCCUCCCCAGAGCCCUCCAACCUUCCCCUGCCCAGGGCGCUGCUUUUCCCUUCGCUCUUCCUCCUACACCUGGGGCUGUUUCACCCGCGACGCGCCCCCUGCCUCCCAAGCAGUGCGUGAGGACCACCCCCCAUCCCGACCCCUCACGAGAACAGGGGAGGUUUUACAUCCAUUCAAACACAGGAAGUGUCCCACCUCCAGCCCCCCACUACUUUUUUUUGUGACGGGGAGAAAGCAGAUUUUUUUUUGUUGCACUUGUAGUGAGAGAAAAGCACAACCUCAGGGAGACCUGAAUCUAUAGUGAAACUUAAAAGAAACAAACAACCCCUUUUCCCCUAUCAGACUCACCAGUCACUUGCAGCUGAAACCUUCAGACUUUCCUGUGUCUGUCAGACACACGCCUGUGUCACAGCUGGAAGCAUCAUUCAAUGGACUAACCAAGUCCUAGGGUUUAAGUAUGUUUUGUGGACAUAAAACUUUUUAAACUUUUUAAAGAACUUGGUAUCUUUGGGAUUUUUACGAGUUUCCCUUAUUUUAUGUCACUUUCCUGAUCUCCCCGCUUGAGACAGCUGUUGCUCUGUUUUUUCCCUGGUAUUGUAGUAUGGGGACCUGAGUGGAGCUGGACUUUUAAUUAUCGAUAAAAGUUGUCCUGGAGUCACGUUCAUCCAUCUGUCUGAGUGAUCAGGUCUGUCCCUUUCCUUCCUCGUGUCUAUUGGAUGUGAUGGAACUCAUGUUUGCGGAGUGGGAGGACGGGGAAAGGUUUUCGUUCGAAGACUCUGACCGCUUUGAGGAAGACUCCCUUUGUUCCUUCAUCUCUGAGGCGGAGAGCCUUUGCCAGAACUGGAGAGGAUGGAGGAAGCAAUCGGCUGGACCCAAUUCCCCCACUGUCAAAAUGAAAGAUGGUUUGGUGAUUCCACUGGUGGAACUGUCUGCAAAGCAGGUGGCGUUUCACAUUCCAUUCGAGGUAGUGGAGAAAGUCUACCCCCCCGUACCUGAACAGCUGCAGCUUCGGAUUGCCUUCUGGAGCUUCCCAGAGAACGAGGAGGACAUCAGGUUGUACUCCUGCCUGGCAAAUGGCAGUGCGGAUGAGUUCCAGCGGGGGGAGCAGCUGUUCCGGAUGCGGGCUGUCAAAGACCCUCUGCAGAUAGGUUUCCACCUGAGUGCCACAGUGGUACCUCCGCAGAUGGUGCCACCAAAAGGUGCAUACAACGUGGCAGUGAUGUUUGAUCGAUGCAGGAUCACUUCGUGCAGCUGUACCUGUGGAGCCGGGGCCAAGUGGUGUGCCCAUGUCGUGGCCCUCUGUCUCUUCCGGAUACACAACGCAUCUGCAGUAUGCUUGCGAGCACCUGUUUCAGAGUCCUUGUCUCGGCUGCAGAGAGAUCAGCUACAGAAAUUUGCUCAGUACCUGAUCAGUGAACUUCCACAACAGAUUCUUCCUACUGCUCAGCGCCUACUGGAUGAGCUGUUAUCAUCUCAAUCCACUGCCAUCAACACAGUGUGUGGAGCCCCAGAUCCCACUGCUGGUCCCUCAGCCUCAGACCAAAGCACCUGGUACCUGGAUGAAUCUACUUUAAGUGACAACAUAAAGAAAACCCUUCACAAAUUCUGUGGGCCCUCUCCUGUUGUCUUCAGUGAUGUGAACUCUAUGUACCUCUCCUCCACGGAGCCACCAGCCGCUGCCGAGUGGGCAUGUCUCCUGCGUCCCCUGAGAGGGAGAGAGCCUGAGGGGAUCUGGAACCUGCUGUCUAUUGUUCGGGAGAUGUUCAAGAGAAGAGACAGCAAUGCAGCCCCUCUCCUGGAGAUCCUGACUGACCAGUGUCUGACCUAUGAGCAGAUAACGGGUUGGUGGUACAGCGUGCGAACAUCUGCAUCCCACAGCAGCGCUAGCGGGCACACUGGCCGCAGUAAUGGUCAGUCAGAAGUGGCUGCUCAUGCCUGUGCCAGCAUGUGUGAUGAGAUGGUGGUUCUCUGGAGGCUGGCUGUCCUAGACCCAACCAUCAGCCCACAGAGGCGCAGGGACCUUUGCACCCAGCUCAGACAGUGGCAGCUGAAAGUCAUAGAUAAUGUCAAGAGGGGGCAGCACAAGAAGUCCCUGGAGAAGCUCUUCCAAGGUUUCAAGCCAGCUGUGGAAGCCUGUUACUUCAACUGGGAGGAGGCCUAUCCCAUCCCUGGCAUCACCUACAGCAGCACUGAUAAAAAGAAUUCGUUCUGUUGGGUAAAGGCUGUCCAGCAGAGGAACUGUCGGUUGCAGUGUGUGGAAACCACGUGUGAGGCUGGCAGAGGCCAUGGGCAGGAACCUGGAGGAACCUGUCUGCAGCCAGGGGACAGGUCACGCCCCUCUUCGCAAGAGCCAGCUGUCCGUCCUAAGGAACUCAUUGGGAAGCGGAAAGUUGUCUCUGAAGCCCCCCAGAGGGCUCUGCGCCGACUUUCAGCAGAAGGAGAUAAGGCUGUUUAUAAGACAGCAGUAGGCAAGGCCAAGCUGCCGGUGGGGAAAAGCUUAGCCAGUAAACAUAGUGGGAAACGCCGCAUGAGCAGUGAAGACAGCUCUCUGGAACCAGACUUGGCAGAGAUGAGCCUGGAUGACAGCAGCUUGGCUCUGGGGGCGGAGGCCAGUAACACCUUCAGUUUCACGGAGAGCCCCCUGAGUAGGAGCUACAGGGACACUUUUGAAGAUGAUGGGGGGGUGUACUUCUCGGAGGGUCCUGAGCCCAGCGUCAGGAGCAAUCCCGCUGCCAAGAAAGCUCCAAAGGAUCCCGUGGAAGAAGUGGGCAGCGGAGACGACGAUCUGCCUUCUGCAGAUGAGAACGGUGCAAGCCGGAAGCCAGAAGUGGGAGAGAAUGGUGCAGCAGGGGGUGGGGAGGAGGGAGAAGAGGAAGAUGAUUACCAGGUAUACUAUCUGAAUCCACAGGAGGUGGCCAAGGAGGAGGAGGACAAAGCAGAGGGUGGGAAUGAAGAGGAGCAGGACAUCUUUGCUGGUUUAAAGCCCCUGGAGCAGGAGAACAGGAUGGAGAUCCUCUUUGCCUGUGCAGAGGCUCUCUAUGCACACGGAUACAGUAAUGAAGCAUGCCGUCUGACUGUAGAACUGGCCAGGGACCUACUGGCCAACCCUCCAGAUCUCAAGGUGGAGCAGCCCCCAACCAAGGGGAAGAAGAACAAGGUGUCGACCAGCAAGCAGACGUGGAUGGCAACCAACACCCUGUCCAAAGCUGCAUUCCUGCUGACUGUGCUGAGUGAGAGGCUGGAAUACCACAACCUGGCCUUCCGCAUUGGCAUGUUUGCCCUGGAGCUACAGAGGCCUCCUGCCUCUACCAAGGCCCUGGAGGUGAAGCUGGCAUACCAGGAAUCUGAGAUUGUGGCCUUGUUAAAGAAGAUCCCUUUGGGCACUAAUGAGAUGAACACCAUUCGAGGAAGGGCUGAAGAGCUGAGAGAAGGGACCUUGUGUGAUUACCGCCCUGUCCUUCCUCUCAUGCUGGCCAGCUUCAUAUUUGAUGUCCUAUGCACUCCAGUGGUUUCUCCGACAGGAUCCAGGCCCCCAAGCCGUAAUUGGAAUAACGAAAUGCCUGGAGAUGAGGAACUUGGUUUUGAAGCAGCUGUUGCUGCUCUUGGCAUGAAGACGACUGUGAGUGAAGCAGAGCACCCUCUUCUGUGCGAAGGAACCCGAAGAGAGAAGGGUGAUCUUGCUCUAGCUCUGAUGAUCACAUACAAAGAUGACCAGUCUAAACUGAAAAAGAUUUUAGACAAACUGCUAGACAGAGAGAGCCAAACACACAAGCCACAGACUCUGAGUUCCUUCUACUCAUCCAGCAAGCCCACAGUAGCCAAUCAGAAAUCUCCUUCCAAACAUGCUGCCCAAUCCACCACAGCUAUCCAGCAGCUUCCAGGGACGUCGGUCACUCAGCAAGCAGGUGUAACCACUGCAGUCCAGAGCAGUCCUUCUGAAAGCUUUGUGGAGAAGAGUGCACAGGAGAGCUCUCAGAGGUCUCCUUGCGAGCCGCCUGGGGAGUCCACUGUCGUGAAACAGGAGGGGAAGGUUCCCAGUCGUCUGGCCCUUGGAAGUCGAGGUGGAUACAAUGGGAGAUGCUGGGGCUCACCUGUCAGGCAGAAGAAGAAACACACAGGCAUGGCCAGUAUUGACAGCAGUGCUCCCGAAACCACCUCUGACAGCUCUCCAACCCUCAGUCGUCGGCCCCUUCGUGGGGGAUGGGCAGCCACCUCCUGGGGCAGAGGACAGGACAGUGACAGCAUCAGCAGCUCAUCCAGUGACUCACUGGGCUCAUCGUCCUCGAGUGGCAGCAGGAGAGCCAGUGGUGGAGCACGUGCAAAGACUGUGGAAGUUGGCAGGUAUAAAGGGAGGCGGCCGGAAAGCCAUGCACCUCACGUCCCAAACCAACCCUCGGAAGCAGCUGCUCACUUCUACUUUGAACUGGCCAAGACCGUUCUUAUCAAGGCGGGUGGAAACAGCAGUACCUCCAUCUUCACUCAUCCCUCUUCCAGUGGUGGACACCAGGGGCCCCACCGCAACCUCCAUCUCUGCGCCUUCGAGAUUGGGCUCUAUGCACUAGGGCUGCACAACUUUGUGUCUCCCAACUGGCUCUCUCGAACCUACUCCUCCCACGUCUCUUGGAUCACAGGGCAGGCCAUGGAGAUUGGCAGCGCAGCCUUGAACAUUCUGGUGGAGUGUUGGGAUGGACACUUGACUCCUCCGGAAGUGGCAUCAUUGGCAGACAGGGCUUCAAGGGCCAGGGACUCAAACAUGGUGCGAGCAGCUGCUGAACUGGCACUCAGCUGCCUGCCCCAUGCCCAUGCCUUGAACCCAAACGAGAUCCAGAGGGCCCUGGUGCAGUGCAAGGAGCAGGAUAACUUGAUGCUGGAGAAGGCCUGCAUGGCCGUGGAAGAGGCAGCCAAAGGAGGUGGGGUGUACCCAGAAGUCUUGUUUGAAGUGGCACACCAGUGGUACUGGCUCUAUGAACAGACUGUUGGUGGGACCCCGGCGCAGAGAGAAGGAGCCACUGGUUGCAGCGCGAGUGGUGCCCGGGCAGGCUCUGAAGCAGUGCGCGGAUUGACAGACAGCAGGGUGACUGCUGAGCCCACCACUGUGACAGUGGCAGCUGCAGUGACAGCAGCAGCCACAGUAGUGCCGGUGAUCUCUGUGGGGUCAACUAUCUACCAGCAGCAUACGAUGGCUGGGCCGGCAAUGGCACAUGCACACACCCAGGGCCUGCACCCCUACACUACUCUCCAGACCCAUAUACCCUGUAACCCCCAGUAUAUUGGACACCCAAUCCAGCACAUGCCACGCCCAGCAGUCUUCCCUGUGCCUGGCUCAGCGUACCCCCAGGGUGUCCACCCAGCAUUCAUAGGAGCACAGUAUCCCUAUUCUGUAACAACACCAUCUCUGGCAGCUACAGCAGUGUCAUUUCCCGGUGUGCCCGUCCCAUCCAUGACACAGAUUGCAGUGCACCCGUACCAUGCCGAGACAGGACUGUCACUGUCUUCCAAUGUAGCAAUAGGGAGUGUCCAUGCGGGGUCAACAUUCCCAGCAAUUCAGGGGGCUCCCUUGACGGCUCUUUCCUCGCAGCCCAAUUCCCUUGUUACAGGAGGCUUUCCUUCAGAGGAUGAACAGCACAGUCAGCCUGUGAGCCCCCAGGGUCUGCACUACCUCCACUCUGCCUACCGAGUUGGGAUGCUGGCACUGGAGAUGCUUGGCCGGAGAGCUCACAACGACCAUCCCAACAACUUCUCCCGCAGCCCGCCCUACACAGAGGAUGUGAAAUGGCUCCUGGGUUUAGCUGCCAAGCUAGGUGUAAACUAUGUACAUCAGUUCUGCGUUGGUGCAGCCAAGGGGGUGCUGAGCCCUUUUGUGCUGCAGGAGAUCAUCAUGGAAGCACUACAGAGGCUCAACCCUGCCCAUGUCCACAACCACCUGCGCACUCCAGCCUUCCACCAGCUGGUGCAGCGGUGCCAGCAGGCAUACAUGCAGUACAUCCACCACCGGUUGAUCCACCUCACCCCAGCUGACUACGAUGACUUUGUGAAUGCCAUCCGCAGCGCCAGAAGCGCCUUCUGCUUGACUCCCAUGGGCAUGAUGCAGUUCAACGAUAUCCUCCAGAACCUAAAGCGCAGCAAGCAGACCAAGGAGCUGUGGCAAAGGGUCUCUCUGGAAAUGACCACCUUCUCCCCGUGACAGUAGGCAGAACACUACAGACUUGCAGACCCCCACCCUGGGUAGCUUUAGUUCCAAUCACACCAUCGUUCUUUAUGGUGUCUUUUUUAUUUUAGUUUUAACUUGUUGGAAACCACUGAUCUGAUGUAUUUAUACCGUGACAUUCCUCUCCAGCGCCACCGCAUAGUAGUGCUCGGCAUCACUUGCUCUUCCUCUGACCCCCUGCAGGCCAUGGCCUUCGUAAGGGGGAGGAAAUAAGAAGCAGUUGAGCUGGCUUCCCUGCGGUGUAUCCUUGAUUUCGCUCCGUGCCCCCAAGGCUGUCCCACGAGCGGUUUGCAGUGUGUGUGCGCGUGUUUGAGGGCGGGGAGAGUCUGUCUUCAAACAAAUAUUUAUUUUGGCAUUUAUAAAUGUGUAAACUUCUUUUUUUGUAUGGGCUUCUCUCUCUCUCUUCACACGCCAGCUUCUGUCAGGGAGGCUGGGGCUGUGCUCUGCAGAGCCAGAGCUCCCAGGCCAUUCCUCGCAGCACCACCUGCUGAGAGAAGCUGGAGUAGCAGGGAGCUCCUCGCUGCCCACCCACCUCCACAACUCCCUGCAGCAGCUUCUGAUGGGAGAGGCUGGGACUUGGAGAGUUGUGUACCGGGACUGUGCUCAGCUGCCUGGAGGCCUGGCUGAGCUGCUGGGGCUCUUUCCCAGGAGUCUUGCUGCCCAGCCACUGCUGGCUCCGUAGGAUGGUCUGAGUUGUACAAUUGUGUUCCUUUGGCUGGGGUAUUACUCUCCUGUAAUCAGUUUCUUAUCCCUGGUCUCUUCUCGUUUCCUGAUUAAACACUCAUUUUCUUA